UCAGGUGAGCGCGCAGCUGCAGCUGGAGCGACUGCCGAAGGGGAGUGUCCUCGAGCCAGAGUACGAGUUCUGGUGAGAUCGCCCGGUGUUAACACCAUGAACAACAAGUUCGAUGCUUUAAAGGAUGAUGACAGUGGUGAUCAAGAUCAAAAUGAGGACACCCACACACAGAAAGAGAGUGAGAAGGAAAAGAUGGACAAGGAAAAGACACAAAAUAGUACCAAACGAAAGGCAGUGGUCCCAGGUCCAGGAGAACACCCACUACAGUACAACUAUACAUUUUGGUAUUCCAGACGUACACCAGGGCGACCAACCAGCUCUCAAAGUUAUGAACAGAAUGUUAAACAGAUUGGAACAUUUGCGUCUGUUGAACAGUUCUGGAGGUUUUAUAGCCAUUUAGUUCGACCUGGUGAUCUCACAGGGCAUAGUGACUUUCACCUGUUCAAGGAUGGCAUUAAGCCGAUGUGGGAGGACGAAGCUAAUAAGAAUGGUGGAAAGUGGAUAAUCCGUUUGCGGAAAGGAUUAGCAUCACGUUGCUGGGAGAACUUGAUUUUGGCAAUGCUGGGUGAGCAGUUCAUGGUUGGUGAGGAGAUAUGUGGAGCUGUUGUUUCAGUUCGAUUUCAGGAAGACAUUAUCUCAAUAUGGAAUAAAACAGCCAGUGACCAAGCUACUACUGCUCGCAUACGAGACACAUUACGACGUGUCCUGAACUUGCCACCUAAUACUAUCAUGGAAUACAAGACACACACUGACAGUAUCAAAGACAAUUCAAGCUUUCGAAAUACAAAAAUCACCUUAUGAAAUCUUCAUUGCACUCCAUUUGUUUAGUUGGAGGUUAUAUCCUGCUUCAUUCUGGAGGAACACCACUUUUUUUAAAAAACAGAAUUGGAACGGGCUGAUGUUCAGUGUCAAUCCCAAUCAGGACGUCUUUAUUUCAGGAACGUUAUUCUGCCAUUGGUCAUAUUAGUUGUUCUGACCUAAUCAGAUUUUUAUUUUUUAAGUUGUUGAUUCUGUUGUGCUCAUGUCUCCCAUUUCUAAAAUGUUCUGGAUACUUCUGUUUUGAAAUAUGUGAAUAUUGUAAAUGUCUGUGUUCCUGGGUAAAGUAUUAAACUUGGAGACAAUG